UUUUAAUAAAGCAACGAUAAACUAUCAAUGAAGAUUAUAAUUUAUCUUAAAGCUUAAAGAGUAAUGUAGAUUAUGGAAAUCAAUUACAUAUUUUAUUUGUCUACAGUUCAAAUACGUUUUGGGCGUUCUGAAACAUGGACUUCAAAGUGGAACUAGUGGUGUUUAUUACCUUCCUGAUUGGAAGCUUGGCUAUUCCAACGCCCGAAGAUUCCUUUUUCGAAGAAGAUGAUUUGUCCAUCUUCUUUGACCAAACCGACGUCAACGCCCGUAUCGUCGGCGGUACUCCGGCAGCGGUUGGUGGUCACCCUCACAUGGUGGCAAUGACCUCUGGAGCAAUUGUCAGGAGUUUCCAUUGUGGAGCAUCUUUGAUCACUCAGCGCACAGUCCUCACUGCUGCCCACUGCAUUGAUGCUGUUUUUAGGGAAGGUGCUCUUGUUAGCACAUUCCGUCUGAACAUCGGCUCCAACCUCUGGAACGGUGGAACUGACUACGUUGUGGCUCGCAAUGUCACUCACCCCAACUGGUACAGGCCCACGAUCAAGGAAGACAUCGGUGUUCUUAUUACCGCCAUUGACGUAGCUCUUAGCAGCCAGGUGCAACCUGUGCCUCUCACUUACGACUUCAUUGGUGGAGAAGUUCCAUCCAUACUGGCUGGAUGGGGUAGAGUUCGAGCUGGUGGUGCUAUUUCUCGACAACUGCUGGAACUAAGGACCAGCACCCUGGACGGCGCUGACUGCAUGAUUCACGCCGCUCGUGCUGCCAUUACUCUGAAUAGCUUAAAUUCUCCUCCUGUUGAUCCUCGCUUCGAGAUCUGUGCUUACCACUCUGCUGGAUUUGGUGCUUGCAAUGGUGACUCUGGUAGUGCUCUUCGUCGCGCUUCCGAUGGUCAUCAGUUCGGUAUCGUCUCCUGGGGCUUCCCAUGCGCUCUGGGUGCCCCUGACAUGUACGUUAGGGUUAGCUUUUACCAGAACUGGUUGAGGUCCGUCAUAGUUUAAAAACAGAACUUCGCUGACAUAAUUAUAAUGUUGACUACAUGUCUACCUG